GUUUUGCCCCUAGCUCGGCAGCGGUUCGGCACAUUCUUAUCUUUUCUUUUUACCUUGGACUGCUGUUGAGACCUCGUCGUCGCGGGCGCGCAAACAGCAACAGCAAUCAGGAUGGAGACUGCACAGAUGGACCAGUUCGGCAAGGAGCAGAUAGUCGACUCUCGCGACGUGGACGCCGAUAGCGAUCUCGUAAAUCAGGAGCAGCUUCCGGGCAGAAAUUAUGAUCCGAUGCAUGACAACCGUGACAUGAGACGGUUGGGCAAGAAGCAGGAACUCAAGCGUCGGUUCAGAUUCUUCUCCAUCGUCGGAUAUGUCAUUGUGCUGGGAUUGACCUGGGAGUUCACUCUUACCACCAGUAUCUUCUCCCUGGCCAACGGAGGGACAGCCGGUGCCAUCUGGCUCACCCUUGUCGUCACUUGCGGCAUGUUUUUCGUCAUGUUGUCCAUGGCCGAGCUCGCUUCGAUGGCUCCCACGUCCGGAGGACAAUACCACUGGGUAUCCGAAUUCGCACCACCACAUCUGCAGAAGCCUCUCAGUUAUGCCGUCGGAUGGCUGUGUGCGCUCGGUUGGCAAGGUGCCAUGCCUACGGUGGCAUACGUGGGUGCUCAGCAGGUUCUGGCACUCAUCAGUGUUUGCGAUCAGAGCUUCGUGAUCAAAGGAUGGCACGGUGCGCUCUUGACCAUUGCAUACGUGCUUGCUGCUAUCUCCUUCAACACCUUUGCCAUUGGAAAGCUCCCCGUCCUCGAAGGUCUUGCCGUCGUCGUUCACAUCUUUGGCUUCUUCGCCUUCAUUGUCAUCAUGUGGACCAUGGGACCCCGCGAGCCCGCCGGCGUUGUUUUCACGACCUUCGCAGAUGACAACGGAUGGGGCUCAUUGGGUCUGGCAACGCUCAUCGGAAUGAUUGGUCCUACUACGACAUAUCUCGGAGCCGAUAGCGCGGUUCAUUUGGCUGAGGAGUUGAAGGAUGCUUCAUACAUUCUGCCCCGAGCCAUCUUCACUGCUUCGAUCAUCAACUACUGUCUCGGAUUGAUCACUAUCAUCACGUUCAUGUUCGCCAUCGAUGACCUGCCUGCGCUACUGGACUCCAAGACCGGUCAGCCUUGGGCACAGCUCAUCUGGAAUAUUACGGGAUCCAAAGCUGCUACCAUUGUUCUCAUCCUCGUCAUGAUGGUCAUGUACUUCUUCUGCGCCGUGAACCAGGUCACCACUAGCUCUCGUCAAGUCUGGUCUUUCGCUCGUGACAAGGGCCUUCCUUUCCACCAAUUCCUCUCCCACGUGCGACCGAACAGCGGCGUCCCGGCCAACGCAGUAUACGUCACACUGGCCUGGACAUCUCUGAUCGCCUUGAUCAUCAUCGGCUCCACGACCGCUUUCAACAUCAUUCUUUCAGUCUCAGCGACUGGCCUCUUCACGAGUUACUUCACAGUCAUCGCAACCGUCAUCGGCAAGCGUCUGCGCAAAGAGAAAUUCCCAGCUUCCAAGUUCAGCCUGGGUAGAUGGGGUCUGCCGGUCAAUGUUAUCGCAUGCUGCUUCUUGGUGGUUGCAUACCUGUUCUUGUUCUUCCCCGCUGUUCCCAGCCCGGACGCAGCGAGUAUGAACUGGGCAAUCUUGGUCUAUGGCGUUGUCGUGUGCUUCGCGUUCGGAUACUAUUUCGUUCGUGGACGCCACGAGUAUGACGGUCCUGUUGAAUACGUUCGCAAAGAUAUCCAGGGCUUGGAGUCCGCCGUCGACUUUGCGCAUCUGCCUAUACUUGAGAUGAGCACUUCAUCUCCUAGCCUCUGA